AAGAAAGAUAAAUGGAAUUAAUUCUUCACUUUGAUUAAUAAUAUAGAGUCAGUGAGAUUUUAUAUUUAGAAUGGCGCCAACUACCAAAAGUACGGGGAAAAAUAUUGAAGCUGAAACAGCUUUACAAGCUGUAGUUCUAGCCGACAGCUUUAACGAGCGCUUUCGUCCGAUAACUCUUGAUAUGCCGCGAUGUUUAUUACCUCUUUGCAACACACCUUUAAUUGAAUAUACAUUAGAAUGUCUUGCUGUUGCCGGUGUACAAGAGGUUUAUAUUCUUUGUAGAGCACAUUCAGAAAAAAUUAAGAAUUAUAUAAGCACAUCAAAAUGGAAUCGAUCACAUUCACCAUUUAAAAUAAUUCCCAUUGUUACGCCCGAAGCACGUUCAAUUGGAGAUGUUUUAAGAGAAUUAGACGCAAAACAGUUGAUUAGUUCAGAUUUUAUUCUUAUUAGCGGUGAUGUUGUAUCAAACAUUCAUUUAGACAAAAUUUUAGAUGCACAUAGAACUCGAAAAAAUAUUGACAAAAAUCUAAUCAUGACAAUGGUUGUGAAAGAAGCCAGUCCUUUUCAUAGAACUAGAUCCUUAGGAGAAUCGUCAAUUUUUGUUCUUGAUGGGAAAACCCAAGAAUGUGUUCAUUAUGAAUCUGCGGAAUUAUACCCACACAAAAGGAAUAUGAUUAUGGAUAUGGAGGUAUUCGAAAAACAUUCUAACGUUCAAAUACGUAAUGAUUUUGUCGAUUGUCAAAUUGAUAUUUGUUCCAUCGAGGUCCUAGCAUUAUUUACCGAAAAUUUUGAUUAUCAAGAUAUCCGGAAGGAUUUCGUUUACGGUAUUUUGACAUCAGAUCUUUUGGGUAAGACAAUAUAUUGUCAUAUCGUAAAGGACGCAUAUGCUGCAAGAGUUCGUGAUUUACAAACAUACGAUGCUAUUAGUAAAGAUGUUUUAUCCCGCUGGACCUAUCCUAUUGUUCCUGAUAGUAAUUUACAAGAGGGAGAUAGCUAUGAAUAUAUGCGUGGACAAAUUUAUAAAGAACAAAAUGUAUCGCUUUCAAGAUCUUGCGUUUUAGGCGAAAAGGUUAUAAUUGGUUCCGGUACUGAAAUUGCAGAAAAUGUAAAGAUAACUAACUCUGUAAUUGGACGAAGAGUUAAUAUAGGUCCGAAUGUUAAAAUAGAUGGAGCAUACAUCUGGGAUAAUGUAACCAUAAACGCAAAUUGCUCAAUAUCGCGGUCGAUUUUAGCGAAUAACGUUGUAUUAGAAGAAAAUGUAAUUGUCAACAAGGGAUGUUUACUCUCUUACAAUGUAAUUAUUGGACCUAAGAUUACUCUGCCUUCGUACACCAAAUUGACCAGGCAUAAACAAAAUUUAGAUUAUGAUGAUUAUGAUACGAAAGAUAAAGAAGAUAAAGAGAUAAACCAACUUUUACACGCUCAAAAUAUAAAAUUAGUGAAGGAUAAUCAGAAAGAUGAUUCUUAUGAUAUUAAAUUAAUUGGAGAAAAUGGAAAAGGUCAUAUAUGGAACGAUGAAACGUCCGAUGUAGAAGAUGAUGAUGAAGCAAAAAAUAUAAAAGUUACAACUCUCGCAUAUGAUUUGUCCAACUUAUCAUUUACUGACGACGAGUCGACAGCAUCUGUAAUAAGUGAAGGAUCUUCCGAUGAGGAAAGUGAUUCUGACGAACCAUCUAAUUUAGAAAUUUUCUCGAAGGAAGUUGCACAAACGGUCGAACGUGCAUUUUCGGAAGGUCAUACUAUAGAAAUAGCAUCUUUAGAACUGAAUACUUUGCGUAUGGCUUCAAAUACUUCAUUUCGUGAUACUCGAAUUGUAGUAAUACCAUCAAUAUUGAAUCAAAUUAAUACUGAUAAAUUAUUGGCUAGCACUAAAGACGUAUUGACUCGCUGGGGACCGCUCAUUGGAAAAUUAGUCCAUUCUAAGGAUGAUCAAACUGAUGCUUUAUUUACAUUACAAAAAUAUUGUGCAAAGACGGAUAUAAAUAGCAAAAUAUUUGCACCGUCACUUCGAACAUUGUACGAAAUAGAUGUAAUAGAAGAAGACGCAAUUUUAGAAUGGUAUUAUGAUGAACGUUCUAAGGGAGGAGUGGGAAAACCAGAAAUUUAUUCGAAAAUACAUGAUGUGGUAUAUUUCGAUUCAACACUAUUAAUAUUAGCAUUAUAAGACUUUUUAUUUUUAUUAACAACUUCUAUUUUUAGAUUGCACCUUUUGUCAAAUGGCUUGAAGAAGCUG